AUGUCGUACUUGCACUGCGUGAAAGAGCUGUGCAAGAAGUUCACAAAGAUUGAGUUCAAGCACGCCCCCAGAAUUUCGAACAAAUUUGUCGACGCCCUUGCAACCUUAUCAUCCAUGGUUCAGAAAAUAGACAAGAACUACAUCGACCCCAUCGAGGUAGAAAUCAAGGAUCAGCAUGCCUAUUGCUUCCAUGUGAAUGAAGAACCAGAUGGUAAACCUUGGUAUCACGAUAUCAAUAACUUCCUUGCAACCCAGGAAUACCCAGAGAAUGCUACUAAUGGUCAAAAGCAAGCCCUUAGGAGGUUGGCAAACCACUUUUUCCUCAACGGGGAGGUCUUGUAUAGAAGAACCCCAGACUUAGGUUUGCUGAGAUGUGUAGACGCCGUCGAAGCAACCAGAUUGUUGGAAGAAAUACAUGCAGGGACGUGCGGACCCGACAUGAAUGGGUUCACGUUAGCCAAAAAGAUUCUGAGAACUGGAUACUUUUGGAUGGAUAUGGAAAGCGACAUUAUCCUCAAUGUGCAGAAGUGUCACCAGUGCCAGACUCAUGGAGAUUUCAUCCGGGUUCCACCAAAUGAGUUAAAUGUAACGGGUUCACCCUAG